CGUUACCCGGAAGACUGUCAAUGUUAUUUCAUCAGCCGACACAGCAUGCUUUCAUCAACAGUGAGACACAAUUUCUAUGAAUACCUUUUUUAAGUUUAUUUCUUACUUCAUGAUAUUAAGACGCGUUUAUAAUUCAGCCUUAGCGACCCGAGACGGAAGAGCUAUGUGCAAAGAACUGAAUAGCUAAAAUGCUGCUCUUGUCACCGCAGUCGCAGACGGUCAUGAAUGGACCAUCUGCCCGGUGUGAGGAAAGACUGCAAGAUUGUGCUGAAAUCCUGAAUUCAACAGUGAAGGCUCUAAAGGAUGGACAAGUUGUGGCUGUUCCAACGGACACAAUAUAUGGGCUGGCUUGCUUGGCUCAGAAUUCCAAUGCCAUCAAAAAGGUGUAUGACAUCAAAGGACGUAAUGGUCAGAAACCACUGGCCAUUUGUGUGGGAGAAAUCCAAGACAUUUACAAGUACUGUAAGGUGUCAGUCAAGGAAGAGCUGCUUGGGGACCUGUUGCCUGGCCCUGUCACUCUGGUUCUGGAACGAGCUGAAGUACUCAACACUGACCUCAAUCCCUUCACUCCGUUAGUAGGAGUGCGCAUCCCAGACCAUGCCUUCAUGAGACGCCUCUGCCAGAUGUGUGGGGAACCUCUUGCCCUCACCAGCGCCAACAUCAGCUCACACUCCAGCACUGUGGCUGUACAUGAGUUCCAGGAUCUGUGGCCUCUGUUAGCAGUGGUGGUGGAUGGCGGACCAAUAGGAGACAAGAGUCGGUUGGGGUCAACAGUGGUCGACCUAUCGGUGCUCGGCAAAUACCGCAUCAUCAGACCUGGCUGUGCCUUCUCUUCCACAGUUGAUGUGCUGGAGCACAAAUACGGACUGUCAGACACAGGGGAUCAUCAGUGAGGUUUGCCCCCUCCAAAUUCAUACCACAUGCUGAAACCCACAACCAGCAAGAACCUGUGCAUACCGUUGGCCAAAUACAACUCUGAAUGAUGGCAAUGCCUGCAACGCUGAGGCGAGUGAUGAAAGCACUCAUCUUUCUAAAGGAAGGACGGUCCUUUUGCACAUUGCAGGCUGUUGUGGAAAGCUCUGGGUUUCAUGUCAAACUUAAGGGAUUUGUUUAGCCUUUCUGAGUUAUUAGUUGUUCAAGCGUUCUUGUUUCUAUGGGAAAACCCUGGGCACUUAAAACUCACGUCUUUGCUUUUACAAAUUGACUUUUUUGUGUGGAGACUAGGUUGUUUUAGUCAAGCAUGCUUACACCCAACAGAAGACCCCACUCUUGCCUCCUCUCUAGUGGGUCAAAAUGACAGAGGCUUGGCACAGAAUAAAGGUUGGAGUUCUA